CAAUUCACAGGAAUCGUACAGCGCCCCGCAAGGCACCAAUGCGCCACGGUGCCGCAGCCGGCGGCGCGGCGCUGCCACCUCCUUGCGGCCGUCUGCAUGCCGGCGUCCUCCCCACGCUCGUGGCCGGCCUCGCCCGCCGCGCGACGACCCCCGCGACGGCGAGGCAGCUCCAGGCGCAGCUCCUCCUCCGGGGCCUCCCGCUCCCCGCCCGCGCCGCCGUCGCUCUCAUAGCCGCGUCGCCUUCCCCGCGCCACGCCCGCGCCGUCUUCGACAGCGCCGUCCGCGCCGCCUCCGGGAACGUCUACCUCUGGACCGCCACCAUCGCCGCCUACGCCAAGCACGCGUCGUCCUCCUCGCCGUCAGCGGCCGUGGACGCGCUCGCGCUGUUCCGUCUCAUGCUCCGGCGCGGCGACCCGCGCCCGAACGCCUUCACGGCGAGCUCCGUGGUCAGGUGCUGCUCGGCACUGCGUGCCGUCCUGGAAGGGCUCCAAGUGCACGGGUUCUUGGGGAAGGCAGGGCUGGGACGCUCCGCGCACGUGGGCGCCGUGUUGAUUGACAUGUACGGGAACCUUGGUCAGGUGGCGGAUGCGAGGAGGGUGUUCGACGAAAUUCCUGCGAGGAACGUGGUGGUCGGGAACACCAUGGUGGCGUGCUACGUCAGGGCUGGGGACGUGGCGGCUGCUUGGGAGGUGUUCGACGGGAUGGCAGAGAGGGACCCGAUCUCUUGGAACACGAUGAUGACGGGUUACCUGUGGCAGGGGGAGACUGGUGCCGCCAGGGGUUUGUUUGAAGAGAUGCCGGAGAGGAGUGUGAAUAGCUGGAACAUGAUGAUUUCUGCUUGCUCGGAGGAGGGUUCGUGGGUUGAUGCAGUCCGGGUGUUCAAUCGGAUGCGCCUUGCAGGGUUCCAACCUGAUGCUGCGACUAUGGCUGUGCUGAUGUCCGCUUGUGCGCAGCUUGGUUCUUUGUCAGUUGCAAGACAGGUUCAUGGGUUUUUGAAAAAAGGCUACAUCGAAAUGAACUGCCACGUGCUGAAUUCGUUGGUUGACAUGUAUGCCAAAUGCGGUAGCGUCAGCCAAGCUCAUUCGCUGUUUGUUGAGACAUCUCUUAAGGAUACAGUGUCUUACAAUGUGAUGAUCACUGCUCUUGCACACCAUGGACAUGGCAGAGAGGCACUUCAUCUCUUCAAUGAGAUGGUUUUGGAAGGGUUACAUCCAGAUUCCAUUACUUUUCUUGGCGUCUUAUCAGCUUGUGCUCAUGCCGGACUUGUUCAUGAUGGAAAGCACUACUUUGACUCCAUGAGGACAAAUUAUGCAAUUGAGCAAUCCCUGGAUCACUAUGCUUGCAUGGUGGAUCUAUAUGGCCGAGCUGGGCUCAUUGAAGAAGCAUACUUCUUGGUGCAGACAAUGCCAAUGAAACCACAUGCAGGAAUCUGGGGAGCCUUGCUCAAUGCAUGUAGAAAACAUUGCCAAGUAGAAGUUGGUAAGAUCGCAGCGAGAGAACUCAUUACAAUUGAACCAAGGAAUCCUGGAACCUAUAUACUCCUUGCGAACACAUUGGCUCGUGGCCAGCAAUGGGACUUUGUUGAAACCGUGAGGCAAUCGAUGAGAGGGAAGGGUAUUGACAAAACGGCAGGGUGCAGCUGGGUUGAAGUGGACAGAGUUGUUCAUGAGUUCUUAAUGAGGGACUUGAGCCACCCUAAUUCUGAUGAGAUUUACAGUAUCCUUGAGCAUCUGUAUCUUCAACCGGCUUAAAGUUUGUGUUGCUUUUUAGGGUGAUAUCAAGGAUUAUUUCAUUUCACAAUGAUUGAAUACACAGCGAUGUGUACGUGAAAGAUGUACUGCCCAGAAUCCAUAACACAAAAAUGACAUAGCCCCAGUCAAGGAUUCCAUUCAUUCUUAACUGCUCUCACGCGGAUGAAUAUUGUUGAAUCUCUAGUAGAGAUGACAUGAAGAGCUGUGGAUCUUUGCUUAAGAAAAGAUUGAUGCAGUUCUUAAAAUUUAUGGUUUGAUCUUGACACAACUAUGGAGAAGCUAUAUAGAAGAAAAAUUGGCAAAAGAAACAUGAUUUGUUGCUUGAGUUCAGUCUCUUGAGGCUGGACAUGUUCAGACUUCAGAGUUUUCUGGAACUUGUGGCAUUCAAAGGGGAGAUGCAGCAUAGAAAUCCAAAUUUGGCAUCAGCUCUACCUCCUCUGACAUGAUCGGCAUCAGUGGCAUGGACAAUCAAAUACCUUUGCCAUCUGUUGAGCACCCAAUCUGAAUGAAUUUCCAUCGCCUGAUGCCGUGCCAGGGCAGUUUGAGUACCUUAGUGACAGCUUCUCUAAUCCACACUCCGAAACUCUGAUCACGAACGGUUGGUCCUGUACUCCUGUGUCUGCAGAGCAGAGGUACAUGGAGGCUUCCAGCAUCAAGGAUAGGCGCAAUGAUGAUGCUUGACGAAUCUUGAUAGCACCAGGCAGUACGGGUUCAGGGAUUUGCAGUUUAAGGUAAUUUGAGCUUCCAAUGGGCUAUCAUCGAACUCUAUGGUCGCCCCCAUGCUCCUUCCUUUUCAAUUGCCCACUUUCCCACCAAUUCAGCUCCCACCGAAAGGGCCGUAACAAUGAACUUUGUUGUUGUUCUUCUUCGUCAUGGCAUUUAUCGUAAGAGUACUGAAUUGGGGAGCGCCCCGGUGGAUGGUCCAGCUUCCGUUUAGUCAAAUGACUGAAUCUGAAUGUGCAUACAUGUACGGAUCGGAUGAUAAACAGAUUGUGUACUGUGCAAAGCGAAAUAGCAUUUUUCUGAUCAAUUUCAAAGGACACCUAGUUUUGUGACUUCUGUGAUA